GAUAAUUUCAGCUGAUUCAUCUGGGCGACGGCAGAAAAGCGGACAGGUAGUUUGGUGCUGGAAAGCCACGCUCUUACAUCCAGUGUCCGUCCAGCAGUGGUUGGGGAAGGAGCUAAGGGAAAUAUUCAAAAACGAAGGAAACGGUGAGAACGAGCAGUUGGCGGACAACGGGCAUCACUAGAGAAAGGAAAAUUUCACCAUGGGGAAGGAGGACAAGAAGGACGUUGGCUCGACGGAGGCCCUGGACGCCGAGGAGGAGCGCGGGACGUGGGGGAACCAGUGCGAGUUCUUCCUGUCGUGCCUGGGCUACGCCGUCGGCUUCGGCAACGUGUGGAGGUUCCCUUACCUCUGCUACAAGAACGGCGGCGCCGCUUUCCUGAUUCCGUACGUGAUCAUGUUGCUGUGCGCCGGCCUCCCUCUGUUCUUCAUGGAGCUCGCCCUCGGACAGUACGUCAGUCUGGGCCCCAACAUCCUCUUCCCGAAGCUGGCUCCCAUUUUCUCGGGUCUCGGAUGGGGAAUGAUUGUGGUUUCGGCGCUCGUGGCCAUCUACUACAACCUCAUCCUCGCGUGGACUCUGUUCUACACCUUCGCCUCCUUCACCAGCGUCCUGCCCUGGGGACACUGCGACAACGCCUUCAACUCCAUCGAGUGCUUCACUGAGGACGCCGCCGCCAGCUGCCGCAACCAGUCCCUCUUCUACUACAACAAGACCUGCAUCGACAUCAGCAGCUACUGCGGUGUGGGCAACCUUACCAUGCACAACGAAACCUACUGCGAAAACCCGGUCACCGGCGACAUCAAGAAGGCCGAGGGCGCCGUGCCCAGGAUCUCCGCCAGCGAGGAUUAUUUCAAGAACCGCAUGUUGGGUGUGACGGACGCCACUUGGGAAAACAUGGGCGGCAUGCGCUGGGAGCUGGUGGGCUGCCUGGCGCUGGCGUGGGUGAUCGUGGGCGCGUGUCUGGCCAAGGGCGUGAAGAGCUCGGGGAAGGUCGUCUACUUCACCGCCCUCUUCCCCUACGUCGUGUUGGUCAUCCUCUUCAUCAGGGGCGUGACUCUCGAGGGCGCCUACAAGGGCGUGGAGUUCUACCUGCUGCGCCCCGACAUCUCCCGCCUGGGCGCCAUUGAGGUGUGGAACGACGCCGCCACGCAGAUCUUCUACUCGCUCGGGUCGUCCUUCGGAGGCCUCAUCACCCUCGCCUCCUACAACAAGUUCAAGAAUAACUGCAUGAGAGAUGCCAUCAUCAUCGCCUUCGCCAACUGCUCGACGUCCGUGUUCGCCGGCUUCGUCAUCUUCAGCAUCCUGGGCUUCCUGGCGACGGAGCUGGGCGUGGAGGUGCAGGACGUCGUGUCUUCGGGCUCCGGCCUGGCCUUCGUCGUGUACCCGGCCGCCGUGACGCGCAUGCCCGUGCCUCCCCUCUGGGCCAUCCUCUUCUUCGCCAUGUUGAUCACGCUCGGACUCGACUCGCAGUUCACGAUGGUGGAGACGCUGAGCACCGCCCUCUUCGAUCAGUUCGAGUCCCUGCGGUCGAGGAAGCCCCUGGUGGUGGGCAGCGUGUGCCUCGGCCUGUUCCUGGCGGGGCUGACGAUGUGCCUCGAGGGCGGCAUUUACAUGUUCGAGCUGUUCAACUGGUACUCGGCCGGCCUGUCCGUCAUCAUCCUGGCCAUUACGGAGAUCGUGGUGGUGCAGUACAUCUACGGUUUCAAAAACUUCAUGAGAAACAUUCGUGAAGAAAUGGGCAUAUACAUCCCUUUGCCACUUUACGGAUACUGGGCGGCAACUUGGCUCUUUGUCACACCUGUGUCUCUUCUGAUCAUCUUCAUCUUGUCGAUCUACUUCUUCGUGCCGGCCUACUGGGGCGACUACACGUACCCAGGCCACAUCCAGACCCUCGGCUGGUUCAUCUGCGUGUGCUCCAUCGUGUUCAUUCCUCUGGGCGCCAUCUACGCCGUGUGGAAGGGCGACAAGAGGGGCAUGGAUCUGGUCAGGGCGUCGCCCGACUUCUGCCCGCACCACAUUCGCCAGAUGAGGGAGGCGAAGGGCGCCGCCAACAAGGGACAUCCCGAGGGCGUCUUCAGGUACACCUACGACAACGAGGGAUACCAGGAAGGGGCGGCAAAGAUCUACCCAACAGUGCCAGCAGAGGACGUGCCUCCCCCUUACUCCAACGGCAGCGGAUACUCCAAUCACAUGUAAAAGAAAACGUAUUUCUGAAGAGGGUAUACUUGUGAAAAUUUUAUCAUGGACCACGAUGUCUUGUUCCCUUUAAGGGUAAACUAUUUUUUAGAUAUGGAAUCCGUUUUAUAUACCCCCAGGAUUGUACUUUUACAUAUCAAAUAUAGUAAGCCAGUAUAUUUUUUCAAGUAAUAGUGUCGACAUACAUGGAAAGUUAAGUAUGUUCAUUGAAAGGAUUUUGGAAUGUUUGUAUGAUAUUGCACGCAUGUGAUUUUAAUAUGAUAAUUUUCGUAAGUAAAAUUCGGACUGAAUGUUAUGACUCUCAGGGCACUUAUGUGUGUUUUUCUGUAGGAUUUUUAGCUUCGUCUGACAGUGUGAUAUUGCAACGUCGUAUUUAUGCACAUUCUUAAGAAUAUUCAGAAAAUAUAUAUGCAUUCCAUAUAUAUAUAUAUAUUUUAAUACUGAAUUUGAAAUGAACUUAGUAAGCUGUAACUAUUUCUUCCUCUCGUACACUAUGCAGAAGACUUAGAUAUAUAGAUAUAUUAUGUGUAUUAGUGUAUGGAAGUGAUCUGUGUACAUUUAGAAUGCGCGCGCGUGUGUGUGUGUGUGAAAUACAUGUAUGUGUGAGAAAGAAUUUUAUCAAUACGCGUUGUUUGUAUAGCAAAUAAGUAUAUUUUUAGAUUGCAUUAUAUAACUAUGCAAUGUUAAGUGUCCCUUUAAAUGCCGUCCAGUGACUUCUUGUAUAGAUCCUUUUAGGUAUAUAUAUUUUUGACUGCCAAACCUGAUCUCGGACUGUAUAAUACUAAAUAGAUUACAUAAAAAAUAUAAGAAACAGGUGUUUGGCGUCACGGAUUUUUAUUUGUAUAAAAUGUAUAAGUAGCUGAAUAAAUGCAACUACUUGAAA